AUGAGUCAACAAGAUGCGGAGUUUCUCGUGAAGCUCCUUAAAAACUUGCCUGGAGAGCCAGAGAGAUUCCAAGACGCAUUGAAAAUUGGAAUCGCAGAGAAAAAGAAAUAUAUGGAGGAGAACCAAAGAAUAGCUGUGGCGAACAAGGUGAAGGAGACCGCAGAAACGUACCAAGAAAAGAAAAUGGAGAAGGAAGGAUUUUUGGAAAUCCUUGCCAUGGUCGCCAAGACGGAGGAAGAGCCGGCCAAGAAUGAGGAGCAGCAGGAGAAGGAGAAGGAGCCGGAGAAGAAGAAGAGAGGGAGGAAGCCGGGCACCAAAAAGAAACCAGCUUCUGGAGAGCCAACUAGGAGAACCAAACGCUGUGCCAACACCAGACCAAAUUACGUCGUCGACUUGGUAUCUCCCAGAGAUGAGGAUGCGCCAGUGAAAAGUAUGAGGAAGGAGCCGAAGAAGGCGAAGAAGGCGAAGGAUGCAAAGGAGGCGUAG